AAAUCCCGUUGCGAAAUCAAGCACGUAUGUUGUCAUUUUCGCAACGACCCGUUGUUAUAUUUUUCAACAACGGCUGUUGGUGAAUUGUGCACGAACGUGCUCAAAUUGACACCGAGACGUGGUCAACUUUCGGUACCAACAACAGCCGUGCUUAAUUUGUCCACCGAUGUGCUCAAAAUGACAACUUUGCGUUUUUAAUAUUGGUAAUUGCAGCCGAUUACACACGAGUAAAAAAUGACAACGGUGGUGCAUGAUUCACACACUGUCGUUGUCAAUAUGACACCGGUCGUGUAUGAAUUAUGCACCACCACCUGCAUAAUGAUGCACCACCGUUGUUACUUUGUACACCGACGUGCAUGAAUCGUACACGAUCGUUGCCAUUUUAGCAACUACCGUGUAUGAAUCAUGCACCACCGUUGUCAUUUUUUUUACUCGUGUGCAAUCGGCUGCAUAUUUACCAUUUUUUCCGUGUUAUUGAAAGAGAAAGGACGCAUUGUGCAAAAAAUUUAUUGAAAAUGAAUAAUAAUUCGCAAGAUCCUCAAAAUAUCAUUGGUGAGUUGUUAGAAAUCGAUGGCAAUAUUGUUGUGGUUCGCGAUACAAACCAUUGCAGCAGUCAAGAUGCGGAAAACAAUGAGGACGAUUAUAUGUUAAGGGAGUUCUUAAAAGGAAUAAAUAUGGAGUCGCUUUUUGAACAAUUAAAAGCAUCACAUGUAACAUUUCGCAGCUUGCAGUACUUGAAAAAAGAAGAUUUAAAGGAAGCAGUGCCACCAUUGGGACUGCGUGUUGAAUUCAGAGAAAAGCUCUUUGCUUGGAAAAAACGAAAGCUCGGGAUUGAUGACGAAACUAUGUCAGUUCCAUCUAAAAUAGGUGAAUGGUGGAAACGCAACGAGACACCUGCAAGUACUCCUGGUACUCCCGACACUACAGGUUCGAACUGCUCAAAAGCCAAAGGAAUUUUGUCAGAGGAUCUAACGGAAUUGUUAACACAUACCUCGAAGGGGAAACUAGCGCUUGAAUGUAGUAGCGUUAAUAAGAAAUUAAGUGACGAGCAAAGAGAUGAUAUAAUUAAUAUAAUUAUUGAAGAUAUUUUAACCAACAAUGUUACUCUUUACACUCAAGACUAUAUGCGCAUAUUGGAUGAAAUUUGUUCCGUUUUUCCUCUUGAAAACGAAAUGAGGGAUUAUUAUUACAUUUCAAGAAAAGGAAAGAACAACGCAAGCGGAAAACUUUAUGCCAAGUAUAGAAACAAGAAGUCCAAAAGAAUAAAGCUUUUGAUUUCCGAGCCUAGCACAAGCAAAGCAGCAACUCACACAUCUCCUAAUUUUUGUAACAAAGAUGUUCCCGAAAUUGAUGAAUCAGUUGAAAAUUCAUUGAAAGCUUCCUUACUAAGAGAAUGUAAUGAUUGGGGAUCGAUCUGCGAAAAAUGGAAAAGAUCUUUUAACAUACGGCAAAGAGAUAUAAAAAAUUUAAGUAGCCAUACAUUUCUCCUUGAAUGGACGAAGUUGUCCGAUGCAAGAGCUUCAGAAUUGGUCAACAUUGAUUUCGAUAUUAUGUAUCCACAGAAAGGCAAUCUUCUACUUUCUAAAUGGGACCAAUUUAAGAAAAAAAUUUACAAUUAUUAUGGGAAAAAUAUUCAUAACGAACAUUGCAAACAACUCUUCGCAAAUGUUUUGACGGCAAGCAGCAUAGAUGCUCAAGAUUAUAUAUACGCAAUACUGUUGAAUUCAGUUUUACCAUCACCUGCUAGGUUUAAAUGUGGAAACGGUAAAUUACGAAAAAAAGUAACAAUAGCUGAUUCGCAGGAAAGUUUCGUACUGCGACUACCGACAAUUAACGAUUAUAAAAGGCAAAUUGAUACAGUCACUGAAAAGUAUUACAAUGCUGGAUUAACUAUACAGCCAUUUAUAAUUGUGGAGGGUUUGUCCGAUUUCAAUAUAAAAGGUUUUUAUGUUUUUUUUAACCACAAUUUGUUAAAAUUUCAAUCGUUCCUCGAAUGUUUAGAUACAUGUUUUAAAAUUUUUCAUGCACUUUCUUUAAAAUAUCCAAAUGCCUGCCAAAUUCCAUGGAUUUUUAUCCAAAAAUAUUUUUAUGAAAUUAAUACUGUAUAUGAUAUAAAAUCAGUUAAUUUGACUUCACUUAUUAAUUUCUGCAACAAUAAUUAAAGUACAAUUCAAAAUGUAUAUUUGCUUUCGUUGCCGUAAGCAUUUUGAUAAGGCAAAUCUUUUAAUAGCUCAUUUGAAAACAGACCAUUUAAUGUCCACUAAAUUUUUAAAAGUACAAUGCGUUCAGGACAACUGUAAGCAAACAUUUACAAAAUUUACAAAAACGUAAGCCAGUUUUAAAUUACCAAAAUUGCAAAGUGUCUGAUGACAUUUUUUUUAAGGGAACUAGGUAUAAAAAAAACUAUUAUUUAGCAACAAAUAAUGCCGCAAUUGAACUUUUCAAAAUUAAACAUUUAAUAAUUGAAAAUGAAAAUGUUUACAUUUUAUGUAACCAAGUAAAAGUUAAAAACUUUGAUUAUCAUUUACAAUCGUAUGAAGUUGGUUCUCUGAAUGAGGAUACAAUUUUUUUAAUACCAAUUUUAGAUUUUAUUACUUACCCAUUUCACUUAUAUCCUAUGAAUAAUGGAAAAGUUUAUUUCAGAUUUAAGUUAAUUUAAUUUGUUUCUAUACAUUGAAUAUAUGUAAUUCGAAUUGUUUUGUUAAAUCAAAUAUGUAUUUAUAUUGAAUUUAUGUAAUUGGUUUCGUUAAAUAAAAUACUUUUCAAAAAAUUUCGUUUCUUCUACUAAGGGUAUAAAAUGGAAAAGGAACGGAUAUCAAAAAAUGACCACCAUUGAUUUCAAUCUGACAACGGGCGUUGACAAUCCGACAACGGAGCGUUGACAAUCUGACAACGAAGCGUUGACGAUCUGACAACGAAGCGUUGACAAUCUGACAACGGGGCGUGCUCGAAAUGACCACGUAUGUGCUCAUUUCAUGCACAUCUGUUGUUGAAAUCGUUGCCAAAAUCUCGGUGUCAAAAUGACAACGGCGUGCUCAUUUUGACACCAAACGUGGUUGAUACACUAUCAUACACGGAUGUGGUCAUUUCAUACACGGAUGUUGUCAUUUUUUCUCUGG